ACAAAGCCCUCCUUCUCCAUCAUCCCAUUUAACGUUAACUCCCCUCUCUCUCUAAGACUAUGGAUUCUUGAAAUUGCAGAAACUUGAAAAGCGAGCAGUAGCGGGUGACUCAUAGUGGUGGGACGGAGACCUAAUCUCUUUGCAAUUACAAACUUGCUGCAAUGGCGGCUGUUAAUACCUCCGAUUCCGAUAAGCUAGCUGGUUGAUAGAGAUUUUCAUUUCACCGUUGGUGGGUGGGUGGACCAGGACAAUCAUGUUGGAAUGAAGGGAAUAUCGAAGGGAAUAUCAAAGGGAAGUUUUAUGCAGGCAUUGAUCCUAGGAACUGUGGAUGGAUGUUGCAGCUUACCUGCUAGCUAUUCAAGUUUUGAGUUGCUAAGCCAAACUCUUGAAGAGGUCGACCAGCAUUGCUCUCUAGAUAUUCUUCCUAUUCUGUUAGAGAAGGCUCCACUUCAAGCAAGGCUAGGAUGUCCUUUUCACAGCUCACAUGCCACAGAUGUCUAUAGCAUUUCAAUGUUAGCCACAGAAAGCAACCGUCUACCAUGCGCUUCAGUGUUUGGAUUUUUGAACUUUUCAGAAGUUUCUAGUUCAUCUAAAGGUCAGAUGUGCAUGGAUGCUCAGCUGAGUUGCCAGAACUACAAUGAUUUACAAGCAAAUAGGGCAGAUUCUCAUCCCCCAUGCAUCAUUGAGAUAGAUCUGGAGAAGGGAUAUAUUCAAGCACCAGAGUUGAAAGAGGAAGCUGUUGAAAGUUUAAAACGCGAGGGCUUACUAGCGAGAGUAUUUCGGAGACAGGCAAGCCUAAAAGUUGGUGGGAAACUUUUGCAGCUUCUAUUCAACCAUGGCACUUCAAGAGAUAACGCAGUGACUGAGAGAAUUCAUGAAGCGCCAAAUAACCGGUGGAAAAGAUGCAAACGCACUACCUCAUUUGAUUCCAGAAAAGUCGUCAUCUUUUUCUCAAUCUUGUCAAGUUUGGGGACAAUGAUCUUGAUAUAUCUGACAUUGAGAGUUAGGCAGAAUGCAGACGGUUUCUUUCACGAUACCUUCUGAUUCGCGACGCUUACUUAGCUGCUCUGCUGUUGCUGCGUCUCAUGCACUGGUGUUGAAGUAACCUUGUUCAUAAUGUAAAUAUUGAUACUUUACGGUGUCUUAUUGCAAUAUUUUUAGUUUGGAUAAUCUGCUUGACUCUUCAUAAGAUAUUAAUAGGCAAUGCUUCUUUACUAA